GCCGCCGCCAAACUUAUAUGCCGUCUGGUCUCUGUGUUGUGGGAUUGAUGAUUUCAAAGAUCGCCCAUGUGCGGGCUAGCGUUUAGGACCAGGAACAGCCCCUCACAAAAAACGUCCCUUCGCUGGGGCGAUUGCUGUAUCUUGGCCAGCCAAAAAUUCGCUUCUUAAUUAAGUAGUUUAUUUGUUAAUUAGGUACUGUUGAUAAAGUGGUCAAACAUAUAGGUACAAUAUAUUUUGUUAAAGAAAAGAUUUUUGUACAUUUACCUGUAAAAAAUAAGUGCUUCAAUCUAGUUAAUUAUUCCUUCUACAUUUCAUCUAGUACAUUACAGAUCAUCAAAAAUGAUUAACAUAGCAGGAGUAUUGUCUAUAGUUAUAUUUUACGUCCUUAUCCUUGCCGUUGGUAUUUGGGCUGGUAAGAAAAAAGAAGCUGGCAAUGACUCCGAAGAAGAGGUCAUGUUGGCAGGACGCAACAUUGGGUUAUUUGUAGGCAUAUUCACAAUGACAGCAACAUGGGUAGGCGGUGGUUACAUCAAUGGCACGGCAGAGGCCAUCUACACAUCGGGCUUGGUAUGGUGCCAAGCGCCUUUUGGAUAUUCCUUAAGUUUAGCUUUUGGAGGAAUCUUUUUUGCAAACCAAAUGAGACGACAAGGUUACAUUACUAUGUUAGAUCCCCUCCAAGACAAUUUUGGAGAAAGAAUGGGAGGUUUACUUUUCCUUCCAGCCCUCUGCGGAGAGGUCUUCUGGGCAGCUGGUAUAUUGGCUGCCUUGGGCGCUACUUUGAGCGUUAUAAUUGAUAUGGAUCACAGAACGAGUGUUAUAUUUAGUGCUUGUAUAGCCGUUUUCUACACUCUUUUUGGAGGAUUGUACGCUGUGGCUUAUACAGACGUUAUUCAGCUUUUCUGUAUAUUCAUCGGAUUGUGGAUGUGCAUACCAUUUGCCUGGAUGAACGAACAUGUAACAUCUUUGUCAUCUAUGGAGGUAGAUUGGAUUGGAGAAGUUAAAUCCGAUGAAAUUUGGUUUUACAUGGAUUACGGUCUUUUGCUGGUAUUCGGCGGUAUUCCAUGGCAGGUAUAUUUUCAGAGAGUUCUCUCCAGUAAAUCAGCAGGGAGAGCUCAAGUACUUAGCUAUGUAGCUGCCAUGGGCUGCGUAUUGAUGGCCAUUCCUCCAGUACUUAUUGGAGCUAUUGCCAAGGGAACAGCUUGGAAUGAGACAGGAUACACUGGUCCAUAUCCAUUAAGCGCAGAUGAGACUAGCAUGAUCUUGCCAAUGGUUCUACAAUAUUUAACUCCGGAUUUCGUUUCAUUUUUCGGUCUCGGGGCGGUAUCUGCUGCAGUAAUGUCGUCAGCAGAUUCAAGCGUUCUUAGUGCCAGCUCUAUGUUUGCUAGAAAUGUUUAUAAGCUCAUAUUUAGACAAAAGGCGUCUGAGAUGGAGAUUAUUUGGGUUAUGAGGGUAUCUAUAUUGAUUGUGGGCGUUUUGGCCACUAUAAUGGCGUUGACUAUACCAUCUAUAUAUGGGUUAUGGUCAAUGUGUUCAGACUUAGUAUACGUAAUAUUAUUCCCUCAGUUGCUUAUGGUGGUCCAUUUCAAAGAUUACUGCAAUACCUAUGGAAGUUUGGCGGCGUACAUUAUAGCCUUUUUGGUUAGAGUAUCUGGGGGAGAGGAACUAAUGCACCUGCCUCCUUUAAUAAAAUAUCCAGGGUAUGAUGAAGUUAAUCAUCGUCAACUAUUCCCCUUCAGAACUAUGGCCAUGUUGUGUUCUUUGGUUACUCUAAUAGGAGUUUCUUGGUACUCCAAGUGGCUCUUUGAGACCGGAAGGCUCGCACCUGGCUACGACUUCUUCAACUGCGUGGUAAACAUCCCGGAAGAUAUUCAGAGGGUUGGAGAACCUGCCGAGGAGGGCGAGCAGAUGGCUGUGAUGGCAUCGGGUGCAAUGGGAAAACUCUACGGGGCCGCUACCCUGGUGGGUAAAGAUGAAAGAAAUGGGAGAAUUAAUCCUGCACUAGAAGCCGAUGACGACAUACCUUCUUCGGAGGUGGAGAAGUUAAGGAGUUCGGUAAGCAGUGGAGGCGGCAGUAGAAAUGUUACUAACCCCGUAGAUAACUCCCAGACAACACUGUAAGGUAAAUAAGGAUAAAAGAGUUAAAUAAUUUGUGUGCAAUACCCUAAAGUAUGACUUACUUUAUAUUAAAGCCUAUACAUUAAAAGUAAACUAUAUCAUUUUAUGACUAUGUAACGUAUGUUAAUUUUUAAAAGAUAGUUAGGUGCUAUAUAGAAAAAUAAAGUGGUAUUUAGAUGAUAUAUAACUGCUGGUCGGUUAUUUGAUUGUUCUGGGUCAUAUGUAA